CCAACCCCCCCCAUACUCAACAUAGCCAAAUCUGUACACGCCGCGCGCAGUUUCCAACUUAGGAAAUCCAUUCACUCAACUCGAGAUCAUCCAAAUUCACCCUCGAGACCCCUUUUUCCACCAUGAGCUCAAGGGCCGCUGUCUUCAACAUCCUAAUCUGCCCUCUUUGUCCCCGCAAGCUACACAAACUGUGACCCAAGAGCAAAAACCCCCCAACAGCCCACCAUCAAUACCAUCCAACAAUGGCCACCAAACCAAUCAACAACAAUAACCAAGAGAAAAGCCAAAAGCAAGAGAAAGAAGUAACAACAAUGACCGGCUCAGCAACUCCCUCCCCAGACUACGACAAAGAACUCCGAAUCGCAUCCCUAGCCGUCCACCGCGCCAGCAUCCUCACCAAAAUCGUCCAAAGAGACCUCGACACAGGCCCCCUCUGCAAACCCGACGGUUCGUCCGUGACCGUCGCCGAUUUCGCCGCCCAGGUUAUCCUCGUCAGCGUUCUCCGUCAUCACUUCCCGGAUGAUGUGUUUGUGGGCGAGGAGUCUGCGUCUGUGCUUCGUGGUGAUCCCCUGCUUGCGCGGCGGGUGUGGGACCUUGUGUCUACGAUGACGUGGGUUGAGAAUGAUGAUAAUGAUGAUCGGGCUUUGGUCGCGGGGCCACAAUCUAUAGGGGAGAUGCUGAGUGCAAUCGAUGCUGCGGGCGGUGUGGAUGGAGCUGGGGGUCGGCGGACCUGGUUUCUUGACCCGGUUGAUGGGACGGCGACGUUUAUACGAGGCCAGCAGUAUGCGGUGUCCGUGGCGCUGGUGGAGGAUGGGGAGCAGAAGGUCGGUGUGGUCGGGUGUCCGAAUCUGGCGUUCAAGAGCACUUCUGUCCAUGAGGAGGUUGUCGAUAGAGAUGGGUAUGGGAUGAUGCUAUUCGCUGUCAGGGGUCAGGGUGCGUACAAGAGACGGAUGAGCCUGUCUAGUUUGGGGCCUCUGCAGAGGAUUUUCCUGAGCCCGUGGCAAAGAAUGGGGGAGAGAAUCACGUUUACUGAAAGCUCGACCAGUGGUAUUAUCCAUCAGGAGAAGCACAAGUUCAUCAGGGACAUACUAUUUGCCAAUCCGGUGGUAGACCUUUACUCUAUGCAAGUCAAGUAUGCGGCCUUAGCAAUUGGUGCAUGCAACGCGAUGAUUCGCCUUCCCAAGGACAAGGACCACCGGUUCCCUGCAUGGGACCAUGCCGGGGGAAUGCUCAUUUUCGAGGAAUCCGGCGGCAAGGUUACCGACCUAUAUGGCCGACCUUUCAACUAUGCUCUUGGGAGAAGCUUGGCUGACAAUGAGGGCUUGGUGGCAGCUAAACCAGUGCUUCACAUCGACCUUUUGCGCUAUACACGAUAUGUUUAUGGGAGAAACAAGUCUAAGCGGUGCAUCAAACCAACGUGAAUAUAGGGGAUUGAGCAGAUGUACAGUGCGUUUUCAAGCCAUGGUUGUAUCAGUGCAUGGCACCCUCGCAGCGACAGAAGUCAUUUACUGGAAAAAGUGAACCCUUGAAACCCGAUAGUAUUUUUUUUUUUUCGAAUAAACCCAUACAUAAAACACAAACAAAA